AUGGAGAUUUCAAUGCAUGCAAUCAAUGAAUCAAGUCUAUUAAUGGGCAAUGCAACAGGUGAUGGUGAAUUCAUUGGGUUAUCACUCAACUGGGUUGAAACUCAUCGUACAGUCAGUCUUGUGACUGCCUGUACUUGUUGUAUCCUGGCAACACUCUUGAGUGUCUACAAUAUUCUUCAACACUUGACACAUUACUCACGACCACAAUUACAACGUUAUAUUGUACGAAUCUUGGUGAUUGUACCCGUUUAUGCCAUCGGUUCCUUCCUCUCACUGACAUUUGUGAAUCAAGCGCUGUAUUUUGACUCCAUUCGUGAUUGUUAUGAAGCUUUUGUUGUCUAUAGUUUUCUAGCUCUUGUAUUAAGUUUUGCCGGUGGUGAAUCAGUUUGUGUACUUAAGAUCCAGAGUGAACCUGAUAUUCGUCAUCCCUGGCCAUUCAAUCGAUGUUUUGAUCCACUUGGACGUGAUGGAAGAUUACUACGUCUUUGUAAACGUGCAACGAUUCAGUUUAUUUUCGUCAAACCCAUUUUUGCAGCUCUGUCAUUGCUCAUGAUGGCGUGUGGAAAGUAUCAUACACUUAUAUACCAAUUGAUUUUGGUUAUAGUGUACAAUAUCUCGUAUUCAGUAGCACUCUAUGGGCUAUGGAUCUUUUUCUUAGCUACGAAACACAUGAUGGAACCAUUUAACCCCAUGCUCAAGUUUUUUGCUGUUAAAGGUGUCGUGUUCCUUACUUACUGGCAAAAUAGUUUAUUGGAUUUUAUACCAGGUAUUACAAAUGAACAAACCUUUGCUUGGAAAGAUUUUAUCCUUUGCAUUGAGAUGGUACUCUUUGCUGUUGUACAUCUCGUAGCAUUCAAUUCGAGUCAAUUUAAAAGAAACUUGGAUCGACUGCCAGACUCUGAAGUGCUGAACAAUAUGAAGGAAGUAUUGAGUCUUACGGAUAUUCUAGCUGAUGCAUACCAUAACUUUAUGCCUUCCUAUCGAGACUACAUGCUCCAGCGUGGUAGCGAGUCCACUGGUCGUGCACGUAAAAAGAAUUUGUCGACAGGUUUUAGUCACACUUCAUCAUCAUCAUCCUGUGAGGAAAACCCGACGCCCAUGGCACAUUCAAACCCGCGUGUCCCGCGGUUUGUGAUUGACGAUGAAGACGAUGAAGAGAUGGACGAGAGUAAUCUCAGGUCAAGUGUGAAUACGUUGGCAACUACAUUAAGUGAACAAUCUGCCUCUUUGAAAGGCAAAUUGUCGAAGCUUACGCUAUCAAUGAAAGAGAUCGAAGGUGAUACAGAUAUGACCAUGGCUAAUCCACAGGAUGAUGACCAGAUCAAGAAUGGAGAUACUAAAAAGGAUAGCGUUGAGAUAACGAUCCAUGACGAGCAGAUUCAAGAAACAGAGGAUACAAUAUCGAUCAGGCCAUCAUCUCGACAACGAUCAAAUAGCUCUCCUCUUGCUAGCAAUAUCCAUGAUGGAUGCACACACUACGAUGAAGAAAAAGAGACUACUUUAUAG